CAAGGUCCACCGGUGUCUGGAGACAGCGCGUUUCUUCACGGGGAAACUGUGGUUGACUUCUCGCCCCGCGAAUUCCAUUUCUACCCGACCCGAGCAGAGGGGUAGAAAGAAAAACAAAACAGGAAGUAGAAAGCACUAAAACCUGCAGGAGAUCAGUCUGAAUCUGAAGAAUAUGGAGAAGUUAGAUUCUACAGUCCUCGCCAGACGAGCAAACCAGAUCAAGGAAGAGCUCAGACAGAAAUUGAGAAAGCCAUACAAGCAAGUGAUAGAUCUGUACUGGGGAGACCCGCACGCUGCAGGUGUGAAGCCUCUGUCCUUUGUCCGACAGGUUCUAGCAGCUUGUCUUUACCCUGAUCUUGUGAACAGCAACACGCUUCCAGUGGACGUCAGACAGAGGGCUCAGAGGCUGCUUGGGGAAUGUGCCGGAGGGAGUGUAGGUUCUUAUACUGCUACAGCUGGCAUACCAGAAAUAGUCCACAGAAUCUCUGAAUUCAUAACCAAACGAGAUGGCGGGGCUCCAUCAGACCCUGAAAACAUCUACAUCAGCCCCGGCUCUCAGUGGGCUCUCAGGAACAUUCUCAAGGUCUUGGUGAACAGCCAGGCUUCCCCCAGAACAGGUGUGCUGACUCCAGGGCCGUGCUACCCCCUCACCAAUUUUACAAUAAAAGAGUUGGGAGGAGUUACUGUCCCGUACUACCUCAGCGAGGAGCAGGGCUGGGAGCUGCAGGUGGAGGAGCUGCAUCGAGCGCUGGACUCUGCAAAGGGACUCUGCAACCCUGUCGCUCUGUAUGUCAUCAACCCUGGAAAUCCCGCAGGUUAUGUUCAAAGCAGAAAGACAAUGCAAGAGGUGAUCCGGUUUGCUUCAGAGAAGAGGCUCUCCCUCCUGGCUGAUGAGGUCUAUCAGGAAUGUGUUCAUGGGGAAAAGAGUGAGUUUCUCUCUUACAAGAGAGUUCUGUCUGAGAUGGGUCCUCCUCUCUCAGACACGGUGGAGCUGGCAUCCUUCCACUCAGCAUCCAAAGGCUUCAUGGGAGAAUGUGGUCUGCGUGGUGGAUAUGUGGAGCUGGUAAAUCUGGACCCUGAUGUUAUGAAAUGCAUCUACAAGCUGUUCUCCGCCGACACCUGUGCUCCUGUGUUGAGCCAGAUUGCCCUGGAUCUGAUGACCAACCCUCCACAACCAGGAGAUCCAUCGUACCCACUGUAUAGUGAGGAGACACAACACAUCAAGACUAUGAUGGUUCAUAAUGUAAAGAGAGUCUUUGAGGUAUUGAACAGCCUGCCGGGUUUCUCCUGCAAGCCGGUGGAAGGAGGUGCCUUCGCAUUCCCCAGACUGCACCUUCCACCUAAAGCCAUUCAGAAGGCCAAGGAAAUGGAAAUGGAACCAGAUUUGUUCUACUGUAUGAGACUCCUGGAGGAAGCUGGUGUGUUAGUCAAACCUGGCAUGGAGAACGGACCAAAGGACGGCACCCACCACAUCAGCAACACGGAGGAGGAGAUCAGUCUGAAUCUGAAGAAUAUGAAGAAGUUAGAUUCUACAGUCCUCGCCAGACGAGCAAACCAGAUCAAGGAAGAGCUCAGACAGAAAUUGAGAAAGCCAUACAAGCAAGUGAUAGAUCUGUACUGGGGAGACCCGCACGCUGCAGGUGUGAAGCCUCUGUCCUUUGUCCGACAGGUUCUAGCAGCUUGUCUUUUCCCUGAUCUUGUGAACAGCAACACGCUUCCAGUGGACGUCAGACAGAGGGCUCAGAGGCUGCUUGGGGAAUGUGCCGGAGGGAGUGUAGGUUCUUAUACUGCUACAGCUGGCAUACCAGAAAUAGUCCACAGAAUCUCUGAAUUCAUAACCAAACGAGAUGGCGGGGCUCCAUCAGACCCUGAAAACAUCUACAUCAGCCCCGGCUCUCAGUGGGCUCUCAGGAACAUUCUCAAGGUCUUGGUGAACAGCCAGGCUUCCCCCAGAACAGGUGUGCUGACUCCAGGGCCGUGCUACCCCCUCACCAAUUUUACAAUAAAAGAGUUGGGAGGAGUUACUGUCCCGUACUACCUCAGCGAGGAGCAGGGCUGGGAGCUGCAGGUGGAGGAGCUGCAUCGAGCGCUGGACUCUGCAAAGGGACUCUGCAACCCUGUCGCUCUGUAUGUCAUCAACCCUGGAAAUCCCACAGGUUAUGUUCAAAGCAGAAAGACAAUGCAAGAGGUGAUCCGGUUUGCUUCAGAGAAGAGGCUCUCCCUCCUGGCUGAUGAGGUCUAUCAGGAAUGUGUUCAUGGGGAAAAGAGUGAGUUUCUCUCUUACAAGAGAGUUCUGUCUGAGAUGGGUCCUCCUCUCUCAGACACGGUGGAGCUGGCAUCCUUCCACUCAGCAUCCAAAGGCUUCAUGGGAGAAUGUGGUCUGCGUGGUGGAUAUGUGGAGCUGGUAAAUCUGGACCCUGAUGUUAUGAAAUGCAUCUACAAGCUGUUCUCCGCAGACACCUGUGCUCCUGUGUUGAGCCAGAUUGCCCUGGAUCUGAUGACCAACCCUCCACAACCAGGAGAUCCAUCGUACCAGUGA